AUGCCCCCGCAAAUCAAGCAGGACAUCAACCGGUCCGGGUGGGAGUCCACCGACUUCCCGUCGGUCUGCGAGAAUUGCCUCCCGGAGAAUCCCUACGUGCAGAUGUUGAAGGAGGACUAUGGCGCGGAGUGCAAGAUUUGUACACGUCCGUUCACCCUCUUCCGGUGGAAAGCCGAUCGCACGGCGCGCACCAAGCGAACCGUGAUCUGCUUGACGUGCGCCCGUCUGAAGAACUGCUGUCAAUGCUGCAUGCUGGAUCUGUCAUUCGGCCUGCCCAUCGUGGUCCGUGACGCUGCUCUGAAGAUGGUGGCCCCAGGUCCGCAGAGCCACAUCAACCGGGAGUACUAUGCCCAGACGCACGAGAAAGAGAUCCAGGAAGGCCGCGGCGCCGUGGAGGCGUACGAAAAGACGGACGAGAAGGCGCGUGAGCUGCUCCGGCGGCUGGCACACAGCGAGCCUUACUACAAGAAGCAGCGCCAGUUGGAGGCGCCGCAGGGAGAGGAGGGAAAGUCGCAGGCCGAGUCUGCACCCCAGCGGAGCAGUUAUGGCAACGGACCAGGUCCGAUUCGCACGAGCGACACCAAAAAAGCACGAGCAAAGCAAGGUGCGCGACCAUUCCCCAGCACCGCACAGUUGCCACCUGGUCCGGAGGACAUCAACCCGCCGGCGGAUCCGAAAAUCACGUCUCUAUUCAUCACCGGUGUCGAGGACGACCUCCCAGAACACGAGAUUCGCACGUUCUUCUCCGAAUUCGGGCAGUUGCGCUCGCUGGUCUGCUCGCAUCGGUCACACUGCGCCUUUGUCAACUACGUGUCACGAGCGUCGGCUGAGGCGGCAGCCAAGCAUUGUCAAGGCAGGGCAGUGAUUAAAGGAUGUCCUCUACGCGUGCGGUGGGGGAAGCCAAGGCCGUUGGACAACAUGGACCGCGAAGAGCGGAUGCAGAACGCGCGCGAGGGCCGACAGGCUCUGGCGGCGGCCAAGGCUGCGGGGGCAGGGCAGAAGACCCUCACAGCAGCAGGAGAGGACCUUCCAACGGAGCCGGCGAAGCCCAGCUAUGCAGUUGCGCCUCCGCCUGGAAGCGGAGAGGUGCAGUAUGCCAGUCUGGCGGGAGAUUAA